GAAAACAGAUGAAAUAUCAAAUGUCAAUAUCAACUUAUGAUUUUCAAAGACUCUAUUUACAGGUUCUCAUUCUAUCCGCCUUCGUGGUUGGUGUCUUUGGUAGUUCACUACUAUCCUAUACUCCUGCACCAUCCUAUAAUGCACAUGCUCCCACGGGACCAGCUCAGUACGACUUCAACUAUGCAGUGAAUCAUGAUUACUCCAAUAACGACUUCGGCCAUCAAGAAAAUCGUAAUGGAUACGACACUCAAGGAGCCUACUUUGUACUACUUCCCGACGGCCGUCAACAGAGGGUAUCGUACAAUGUGAACGGCGACUCUGGUUACGUUGCCCAAGUUUCGUACGAGGGAGAGGCUCAAUACAGCGCCCCAAGACCUUCCACUUCUUACCAGCCUGCUCCUGCUUAUGCUUAAACCUAUGAAUUGGGUUCCUUGAAUCUAUGAGACUUGACAAUGCAUUUAUUUAUUAUGGUCACAAUAAAGUUCUA